UACUAAAGGCACCCGGCAGGCCCUGGGUUUUGCCGGACUGCAGGCGAACGGAGACCCUGUUUUCAGGGCCGGGCUGCGCCCCUCCGUCUGUUCUAACACUGGUCCGGCCGCAAGGGGCUGAGUCUGCAGUCCGCAGGGACAGUCACGCUCCCGCGCCGCUCCCUGUCCCCGCCCCGCGCCCGGCCGGAGGAGCAGCGCCGCGAGCCCGGAGCCUGGAGUGGCCGGCCGAAGUCGAGGUGCGCGUCUCAGACCCAAGCUCCUGGGUGCAGAUCCCCGGCUGGGGCGGCCGAAGCUCGGGCCUGGUUCUGCGUCGGCGGAGCGGCGCCGGCGGCCCGGGCCCCACCGGAGGAAGAAUCCAGCGGAGCCGACGGUCGACGCGGAGCUUUGGAGGACGCCGCGCCCCAAGCCCGGGUGGGGAAACGGAGGUGUUCCCCGGACCCCGGAGACACAGACUCCGAGCCCGACACCUCUGAGAGAGGUGGGCUGAUUCACCAAGGCACACCCAGACUCUGCAGGUACCCAGGCUCAGAUGCUGCCCACCCGGCGAUGCACUGCCCCAGACUAGCCCUGGGCCUGGGGUUCUGCCUGCUGGUGGGCAUGGCCCUCUGCUCUCUGUGCUCUGGGGGCCGCCCCCAACCACCAGCCCCCUGUGUGCAGGGCCUGGCAUCAAGAGCAUUCCUGUCCCAGGAAUGAACGGCUGCACGGCUAAUGACUCAUUGAGGCUAAUGACUCAUUGCGGAAAACCAGGAGGCUUUGUCCUCCGAGGGUGUAUGUCGAGAACUGGCUGCCGGUCUCCUAUGUCCCCUAUUAUCUCCCCUGCCCAGAGAUCUUCAACAUGAAGCUGCAGUACAAGGGGGAGAAGCCAUUCCAGCCUGUGACACCAUCACAGUACCCUCAGCCCAAGCUGCUGGAGCAAAAGCCCACAGAGUUCCUGACACUCACACCCUGGCUAGCGCCCAUCGUCUCCGAGGGAACCUUCGAGCCGGAACUUCUGCGUCAUAUCUACCAGCCGCUGAACCUGACCGUCGGGGUCACGGUGUUUGCCGUGGGGAAGUACACCCAGUUCGUCCAGCGCUUCCUGGAGUCAGCCGAGCAGUUCUUCAUGCAGGGGUUCCAGGUGCACUACUAUGUCUUCACUAACGACCCCACGGCCGUUCCUCGGGUCCGGCUGGGCUCUGGCCGCCUCGUCAGCAUCAUCCCCAUCCUGAGGCACUCCCGCUGGGAGGAGAUCUCCACACGCCGCAUGCAGAGCAUUAGCCAGCACAUUGCCGAGAGGGCGCACCGGGAGGUCGACUACCUCUUCUGCCUCGAUGUGGACAUGGUGUUCCGGAACCCGUGGGGCCCCGAGACCUUGGGGGACCUGGUCGCUGCCAUUCACCCCGGCUACUUCGCUGUUCCCCGCCAGCAGUUCCCCUACGAGCGCCGGCCUCUUUCCACCGCCUUUGUGGCGGAUGGCGAGGGGGAUUUCUAUUAUGGCGGGGCGGUCUUUGGGGGGCGGGUGGCCGAGGUAUACGAGUUUACCAGAGGCUGCCACAUGGGCAUCCUGGCAGACAAGGCCAACGGCAUCAUGGCGGCCUGGCAGGAGGAGAGUCACCUGAACCGCCGCUUCAUCUCACAUAAGCCCUCCAAAGUGCUGUCCCCCGAGUACCUCUGGGAUGACAGGAAGCCCCAGCCCCCCAGCCUGAAGCUGAUCCGCUUUUCUACCCUCGACAAGGACACCGACUGGCUGAGAAGCUGAUGGCUGAGCCGGGGCUGCCGUGGAUGGGGGGACCCCAGUGAGCGCCCAGCUCACCGGAGCCUCCCUGCACCGGUGCCUCACUUCUCAAGCCUUAAGUGAGACCAGCCCUGUGCUGUCCACCUCUCAGUCUGCCAGCAGAAUCCAAUGGGAAAAUGGGCCUGUGAAGACCUUUGUAAACUGUGAAGGGUGGUGCGCAUAUGAGGAGAACGCCAAGAUCAUGUAGCCUGUGUCCCAAGAACAGCAGGACAGGAGGCGGGGAGACCAGAGGUAGAAAAAGACAGGGCCCGGCAGGCCUCACCCAGCACACGUGCCUUGGGGCAGGCUCUGGAGUCUCAGCCCCGCCCAGUACCUCAAAUUCCCCCUCUGCCCCCCUUCUGUUGCCUGUUGCCCUUAAAGUUGCACUUCUAACACUGUGUGAAAGGCAUCCCGGACCCCUUUUCUCUGGCUCCAGGAGUCCUGGAUACUGUGAUGUCCCCCAGCCACACGGAGCCAGUCCCUCGCUCAGGUCCCUGAGGGAGCCUUUGAAAUCGCCCAGGUCUAGGCUCGCUCUGGUUUCAUGUCCCACCUCCCUUGAGGUGCACCACACUCCCUGGCACCAGCCGCCUCCUUUGUAAGAGGGUUUGGGCAGUUUUUAAUAAAGGUGGCGUGUGCUUGGCCCUAAUCGGGGUUUCUUCACCUGCA